AUGCAGUCCUGCCUGUUAAUUACUUCAGGAGACAGACAGGCUCCGCCGGCCUCUCGGUCCGCCAGAGACGAAGCUGCUCCCCGUCCUCCAGCGUCUUUCUGCUCUGCCAGCCAGCCAGUCAUCCCAUCUGUUAAUCCGCCAUUCCGUCUGUUCGAUCCGUCAGGCUUUAGGCGAUCCGUCAUCGGCGCUGAGUCAUCCGCGUCGGGCCACGCAGAAAAAAAGAAUAAAAAGUCGCAAAGACGACCAGGUGAAGACAAGAAGAAGAAGAAGACAAGAAGUCGAGAGCAGGAGAAGCCUGGCUGGCUGAGAUCAAGCGAUUGGACUCUGGACGGACCAGACUGGCGCCCGUAUUCCUCUGACUGA